CACCCUCCUUGAGAGUUUUUAAGUCUUUAUUCUUCCGAGAUAGCAUUGUUUUUGCUGUUUUAUUUAACAAAGGGGGAGCACUAAGAAGGAUGAAUCAUGGAAAUGCCCGUCAGUUUACUGGAUGAUCUUAUCGCUGGCUGGAUCGGUGGCGUGUUCUGCGUAGUAACGGGAUAUCCCUUCGACACGAUAAAAGUUCGUCAACAAAACUUCUCGACCUCAUUCCUAAUCGCUGCUAGAGAAACUUUUCGGUAUGAGGGUGUGUUGGGGUUUUAUAAGGGUAUGAUGUCGCCCUUAUUAACGUACGGGCCGAGCAAUUCGAUAUUCUUCGGUUGUACCAGUCAAUGCAUGCAGCUGAUUAAUGGUAUCGGCCCCGGAAGUCCCUCCACACGAAACCAACCCAAUAAGUACUUCACCAAUUUGUUUUUUGCUGGGAGCGUAGGGGGAUUUUUUCAAACGGCGUUGAUGUGCCCCGUAGAGUUGAUUAAAACCGCUUUACAGACGAGCACAGAGGGUAAAAGCUCGUGGGUUCACAAUAUGAAUAUCAUUAAAUUCGAAGGGAAUAAGCAUGCCGUCCGUACUAUUCUCAAAUUAAAGGGAUGGAGGGGAUUGUUUAAAGGAUUUGUCCCUAUGAUGAUAAGAGAUGUUCCCACAAGCGGACUCUUCUUUGUCAUCUAUGAAAUGCUGUUACCGCCAAACAAGAAUGACGUGCAAUGGUUCCAUAAUUUAUGGGCCGGGGGAUGGGCAGGCAUUUGGACAACUUCUACUGUUUUACCAGCUGACGUCAUCAAGACGCGCAUGCAAGCGGAUGACCUACUUAAUCCCAACUAUAACGGAAUGCUCGAUUGCGCUAAAAAGCUUUAUCAAGAAGAAGGUUUCAGGAUAUUCUGGAAAGGUUUGCCUGUGAUUACCGUAAGAGCGUUUCCCGCUCACGCUAUGUUAUUUAUCGUAUACGAAAUGACCAUGGACGCGCUUAAAAACGACGACGAGCCUUAAUUUGACAUAGUUUUAGGUUUAAUUUACUAUACAUGAAGACUUCUCAAAGAAUAAAACAUUUUACUGCGUUUUGUAAGUAUAA